AUGCUCUUCGACGCCCUCACCAUGGGCGUCCUGAUGGCGAAUCUCAUCUGGCAUUGCCUAAGCAAUACACCGUCUAAUCGCAAGGGAUUUGAGUUCACUACCCGCCUUACCAGCUUGCCUGUCAUCCUGCAGCUGCUGUCCUCCGUCUCGAUUACCUUUGCCCCGUGCCUUUUCGAGGUCCUCAACUCAGCUACCCCACCGUCAAUCGCCUACCUAAAGUCACUACCAACCAAAGGUACUAGGCUAUGGGGCGUUUAUCUACUGGUGCUGGAGAAGCAAGGCUGCCGACCACUCGCAUAUGUUGGCUCAGCAACUCACUCCAAAGAUGGAGUUGUGGUGAGGUUUGGCCACUACCGCAACCGUGUCAACCUACCACUCUACUUCGAGGAAGCUCUCAACGAUGGCUACCACAUCACUUCCUAUGGGCUUCUCGCUACGAUGCCGCUACCAACAAACAGACUGCUCAUUAUUCCGCUUCGCGUCCUGUUCCUCGCCAUGGAGGCUGCUUUCACCUAUGCGUUUGGAACGCUGGUCCCCGGACGUCCUGAUUCUGCCCUCAGAUAUCUUUGCCUAUGGCCAAUCGACACCCUCGAUUACGACCCUAUCAACUCUCACACACCUUUCGCUGAAGGUGUCCGCUCCGGUGUUCGAGACUUCACCACUGAGGAUGAGCGCGCUCUCGCCGCCGAGAAGGCUGAACGUUACAAGCUGCAUCUAGCCGGCUACAAGCGUGACUGGUCUGCCGCUCGAAAAGAGAAUCCAGACACGUAUGAGUUAGACAAGGCCCAUGCUCGCAAGAGGGCAGCAGAGUACUUUGCGAAGAAGCCAGAUGAAUUCCGUGAGAACGCUAGGAACAACUUCCACAAGACCAAGGCUACUGGGCAGUGGCACUGCGACGUCUGCGAUGAAGACUUCGGCAAGAAGAGUGGCCUCGCCUCCCACCAGAAGUCCAAGACGCACAAGGCCAAGGAAGCUGGCACCUACGUCGAAUCGAAGCACUCGAAAUGGUUCGCGACGUACAAGAACAAGAAGGAGGCUGAGGGUGCCUACCCUUGUCGUGUCUGCGACAACAAGGCUUUCCUGACUGCAAGCCGUCUAGCCAAUCAUUGUCUCUCCGGCAAGCACAAGCGUAGAGCCGCCGCCGCCGCUGCCGCUGCCCGAGUCGACGACGUCGAUUCACCGUGCAUCCAGUCUACUGCCUCCGCCUCAUCGUCUCACUCGAUAGACGCUGUCCAGCCCACUAAGCCAUCCACUGAAAUCGACGAUGUCGAUUCUGACGAUGAUACAUUGUCUGAUAUCGCUCGGUCAUCUCGGCGUAGAGUCAUCCGUCGUGCACAAAUCGAGACCGACAGUGAGGACGACGACCUGGAUCUGAAUACACCGUCUACUCCACCCCAGUCGACCAAUGCCUUCUCUCUCAUGAUGCCUGGUGCAUACCGCACCGAGCUCACAGCAAAGACGAACAUCACCAAUGGCGAUUUGGCUAUAGCUGCUCCAUCUACACCAUGUGUUCCACCGCUGACCAACGCCUUCUCCCUCAUGAUGCCCGGUGUCUCUCGCUCCAAACGCACAGCAACGACGACCAUAAUCGACUCUGUCGAUUCUGACGAUGAUUCAUUGUCAGACAUCGUCCGGCCUACCAAGCGAAGAGCCACUCGUUGUGCCCCAAUCGAGUCUGACGAUGACGACUAUGAUCUGGACAUAAACACACGCUCUAUUCCUGGUCUUGAUGGAGCCUACGACGAUGACGACGACACCAGCACAUCCAUCGACACAUUAUUCGGCCUGACAACUACACUGGAUUCCCUUUCGAUCAGUGAUGCUUCAGAUGCUUAUCUCAUGCUAACGUCGUCGCAGGUCAGGAAGGAUGUAAAGAAGGGCGAGGCCAACUCUAUCAUCUCGUCCUACAACCGUAACUUCACUGGACGUAACGAUGCCAACCCCGCUACUCACUCCUUCGUUACCUCCCCCGACCUUGUCGUGGCCAUGACCAUCGCAGGACGUCUUGACUUCAAUCCUUUGGAGGACCAUCUUUUGGACUCCAACGGUUCCAAGUUCAAGCUCAAGGAGCCUACUGGUCUCGGACUUCCUACCAACGGCUACGACCCCGGCCAGGACACUUACCAGGCUCCCCCUGAGGACCGCGCAUCUGUCUCCGUCGCUGUCUCCCCUACCUCCGACCGUCUUCAGCUCCUCUCUCCCUUCUCGGCCUGGGAUGGUAAGGAUGCUAAGGACCUUCCCAUCCUCAUCAAGUGCCAAGGAAAGACCACCACCGACCACAUCUCCAUGGCUGGUCCCUGGUUGAAGUACCGUGGACACUUGGACAACAUCUCCAACAACAUGUUGAUUGGUGCCAUCAACGCUGAGAACGGCGAGGCCAACAAGGUCAAGAACGCUCUCAACGGCGAGUACGGUGCCGUCCCCGAUGUUGCCCGUGACUACAAGAAGAACGGCGUCCCGUGGGUUGUCAUUGGAGACUGGAACUACGGCGAGGGUUCUUCCCGUGAGCACGCUGCGCUCGAGCCCAGGCACUUGGGCGGCGCAGCCAUCAUCACUCGCUCUUUCGCUCGUAUCCACGAGACCAACUUGAAGAAGCAGGGUAUGCUUCCCCUCACCUUCUCCGACCCUGCCGACUACGACAAGAUCGGCCCUAACGACCGUGUCGACUUGGCCUCCACUGAGCUCGCCCCUGGCAAGCCUUUGACCAUGACUGUCCACCCCGCCGAUGGCAGCAAGGAGUUCCAGAUCCCGCUUUCCCACACCUUCAACGAGGGCCAGAUUGAAUGGUUCAAGAACGGCAGCGCUCUCAACACCAUGGCCAAGAACGCCAAGCAGUAA